AUAUUUGCCACUUUGUUUAUUUUGGUGGAUACGUGUUCUUUCCACCGCCUAUCUAAACCAAUAGAAAUUGGAUUGCCUGGUCGGUGUGUAUUCCAGGUGUGAUCACCGCUUCUUUCAGGAAGUCAUACGUGUUCCGUCCCCUUUCUUCUCAUCCAGAAAACCGCACAAAGACAUCUAUUUUCCACCGCUUCGUAGAGGAAACUACGAUCUUCCACAUUCUUCCUUCCACGUGAUUCUCUCCACAGAAAACUCCUACCUCGAUCCAUUCCUCUCCAACCACUCGAACAAAACAUUGGAGAAAAGAUCUGUGAGAAUCACCAUCAGCAUCGUAGUUUUCCUCCGUCAUCUAAAACCGCCGCUUCCAUCACACCUCUCCUGCUGCCACCUCAAGCAGAGUUGCCGACCUCCGCCUCUCCUACUUCAACGCUGGCUUCAUUGAUUGGUACUCAAAAAACGAUCGGCUUUGUGAGCUGCUGAAUCUGUUGGUGGUAGGCAGUGCCCGGAGGAAGCAAUCGAAGGAUCUGGAAGAGCAAGCAUGGCAGUCUGUGUGGCAGACCACCGAUGAUGGGUCAUAUGGAAGCGGAGGGAGUGCUGGACUAGGGGGCAUCGACGGCCAAGGGUACCCUCAUCUGUUAAUCCUUCUGUAUCUUUCUUCUCCACCGCCAUUAUCUUACCUUCCCCGCUUAAACCCCACCGAUUUCAUUGAUUGGUACCCGGAAAACGAUCGGCUUCGUGAGCUGGUGAAUCUGCUGGCGGUAGGUGGUGACCGGAGGAAGUAAUCGAAGGAUCUGGAAGAGCAAGGAUGGCAGUCUGUGUGGCAGACCAUCGAUGAUGGGUCAUAUGGAAGCGGAGGGAGUGCUGGACAAGGGUGCAUCGACGGCCAAGGUUACGCUCAUCUUUUAAUCUCUAAUAUUGUUGUUGUCCUUUUCAUUAUUUUUUACAUUUUCAAGAGAAAAUCUUUUCUUCAGACCAGAAAUUUUCAAUGUUCUUUGUUAUAACUUCAUAACAUUUGUUUGGUUAACAACAGUUUAUGUUGUUGAAUGCGUUGAUCCCGUUUUUUUCAGUAUAGAAAAUUGUUUUUUUCCUAUGGAAUUGUCUAAUCUUUCAACCGUUUAGCAAAAAAAAGUCAAUACUUUGAAACUUUUAGAGCUACCAUUUUUGUUUGAUUAAAAAAAGAUUAGGCCUUGAAUGUUUUAUCUGAUUUGCUUGAACAUUUUCUGUCAAAAUAUAAGACAUGUGAAUGCGUGCUACUCAGUGGAUAAGUGUUUACAAUGCAGGUCGCCCAAUGAAACAGAGGUAAGAACAUAAUUUUUUUUGACAAAUUUGUUGUGUUGUGGGUAUCAUUACAAUGUGGCAGAUGUGAGACUUCAUGGACAUAUUCAGAAAGGAAAUGAAGAUGGAUUAUUCAUCAGCAGUGUGGCUUCUUGCCAAGCCUUAUGUGCUCUUAUCAUGGAUGCAGGAACUGGAUUCACCCAUCAAGUUUGUGAACUCUGCUUUAUGUUUGUUAACAAGGUGCCAACAAUGGGAGCUCCUUGGUUCAACUUACUCAGGUUAUGGUGAUUCAACCCGCCUUUCCCAGUCGAAAGCUUCUAAGGGUUGGUUUAAUUUGAACCUCCAUCAAUUGUCCGGUAGUUUGCCAACAAAAUGUAUACAACCUCUAAUGUAAUCGGAUCACUUCCUUUGAUUUGACCCAAAACCACUCAGCUCUUCCAUUACCUCCGCAGUGAUAUGUUGGGUGUUGGGUGAAAGAUGGAACUACAAAUGGUAAUUGGUAAAUACUAACAAGUAUAUAGCUAAGUGUAGGUUUAUUAGCCAUAGUUUCAUAUGUGGUAAUGACAAUAAUUUUGCUGAUAUUUAUAAACUUAGUAGCUUCAUCAUUAGUAUUUUUAAUAUCAUCAAGAUCAAGUAGCAACUAUCAAAAUUCAGUUGGCACGUUUCUGCAAGUGAUCAUAUGUAACUUCUAUUUUUGAUUAAAGAUACUAACAUCUAAUGGGUUGUUAUGUAUGCUUUGUAUUAAUAAUUUAAUGGUAGCUUUAUUGUUUUUUAAUGAGCAACCGGUUGCAAAAAGUUCCAAUGGGGUAGUCUCAUAUUUUUUUCUUUGUAAUUUUCCAUUUAGUGAAUGAUUGUUUGUUAUCUGAAGGUAUUUAUAUGUAAACAUGUGAAACUACAGAGGGCAACAAUAGAGGAAAUGACAAGUUUGUGUUUAUAACUGAUUAAUUAUAGCCCAAUCAUUAAAAAUAUAUAUGAUUCCUAUAAACAUAGAGUGGUAAUGGCAUGUCAAUAUCUUAUGUUUGAAACUAAAUAAGUUUAUUAGACUUUAUAAGUGGCAGAUUUAAGUAGAAGUUAGAAAGGGUGAGAUGCUUCUCAGGCCAUUUUAUAAUAUUUGAGUGUUGCUUACUCUUUUGUUGUUUUGAACAAUAAAGUCGUUUGGGUAUAAUUAUUCAAAUGAGUUGUCUUUUCUUAUGAUGACGCAACACUAAUUAAACAUUUUGACAUAAUUUGUAAAGUAAUAAAAACUAAAUAAUAUAUUUGCACAUCGAACCAUCGCAUUGAUUAUGUCCUAAAAAUGUAAUCAGUUCCAACCUAUUACCCAUCGAACAAAUUCUACAUACGACAUUUAGUUUGUCUGUCAUAUAGUCAAAAAAUCCGACAUCCUUCCGUCCCAUGCGGAGCAUGGGCAUCCUGCUAGUUCCUAUUAAUUUAAAUAAAUUUUAAUCUAAUUAUAUAUAUACUAAUUUAGAAGCGUCAGAUGAACAGUACCUGUUUGUUUGUUAUUGGUUGUUUUUUAAUUUUAUUUUUAUUUUCUGCUUUGUUUUUGUUUGGUUAUUUAUAAAUUUUUAUAUAUUGUAUGGUGGAUUACAUGUCUGCCUCUACCAUCUACGUGUCAUUUUUUGAUGCUUUUCUAUUGUCAUCACACUAUAUUACACCGACGUGUCAAUUUGGUCCCUGCGUUCUCGAGUCAUCCCCACCGCCUCUCAUCUCGAUUUCCCAGAAUCCCAUCGCCUUUCUGAUACGUUCCUCCAACCCCUUCUCAGUUCUCACCCCCGUUCUCCCUUCUUCCCUGUUUCUCUACCUAAACCUCUUCAAAUGUAUCAUAAUUUUCCACUGUUGUUGUUUCUACCUUUCUAGAUCGUUCUUCGAUUGUUCUUCUCUUCCUCCACCCGCUUCCUGCUCCCAACAACACGGUGUCCUCCACUGUUUUUAUUCCCCAAUCACAUUACUCCACCAUAUCUUCUCUAAACUGAUUCUUGUCUUACAUCUCUUCUACCUUCUCGAUCUUCAUCGUCUGCUUCUGAUGUCCACCCUUCUCAUUCAAAGAGCACUGCCUUACCCAUAUCUCGGUAGCUCCAUCUAUCGGCUCCUUCCCCAAAUGAGUUUCGACUGUUUGCCCUUCAUGACUCCUACCCUAGAGAGCGAGUUUCAGAAUCGUCAGCCCCCACCACUGAAUCUGCUAUUCGACUAUUUGAUUCCGCCAUAGACGUCGCUUAUUCCGCCUCCACUACAGAAGACUCCAACGAAUCUGCCCCCACCGCGUUGUUUGCUUAUCAAAAUUGAAUUUGGGUUGUUCGUUGUGUGCUGUAGAAAUUUUUAGGGCUUAUUGAAACGCUGAUUGAUCGGACAUGGUUUGUGAAGAUCGAUUUCUCCGGCAAAAAACCGAUGACACUGUUAAUCGACUGCUUCAUUGAGGGAGAAACUGCUUCAAAGUGUUGCUCUUUGUUGUCGUUUACCUUCAUUUGCUUCGAAUUCAGGAAGGUGUCGUUUCAUCCUCCCGUUUCUGGCUGCUACAGCCCACAAAGCGUGGUUUUGGUUUUAGCCUCUUUAAGAAAACCACUGGUGCUGAAACUGGAGAGGAUGAAUUUUCUGGACCAAAUAACUAUGCAGCAAAAAUGUUUUCAAAGAACUUCUAACACACAACAAGAAGCUUCAAGUGAUGUCUCAGAGAGCCAUAAUGAAAUUUUUCAACAAAGAUCAACAAUUGCAGCUCUCUGCAACACAUCUUUUGUUGCAGAAUACGAAGAAGAUGGAUUUUCUUAUGAGCAAAAUGGGGGUUUAGAGGAGGCAAAACCAGUUCAUCAGUUGAAUAUUUCAGCUUUCCAAUUUAUAAGAAAAGAAUCGGAGGUUGAAAAUGAUCUCAACUUUGUAGAUGAUUGUGAAAUCAGAUGGGAAGAUCUUAUUUUCAAGGAAGAAAUUGGGCUUGGAUCAUUCGCAUGGGUAUACCGCGGAAUUAGGAAUGGAUCAGAUGUUGCGGUUAAAGUUUAUUUUGGUAAUCAGUGUAAAAGAAUUGUAAAUGGUACAUUGCAUUUUUCCAUUAUCCAUGCAUAUAAAGUGAAAAUUAGAGACAUAAAGAAAGAAAGCGUUGAGGGAUAGAUCCUUACAUUACCAGGAGCAUGUUGGUGACAAAAACAUUUUUUUAUUGGAAAACUAUAAUUGAAAACUCUACCCAUACAUACCUAUCAAAAUUGGUUUGUCACAGUGGCAGUUUCUAAUUGUGAAUGAGUUUUAAUAAGUUACUACUUUUUAAUAUUUGUAUAUUGGUCUAAUAAAAAAACAUGGAUGUGUAUAAAGAUUAAAGGGCCUUUUUGGUAAUGGCAAAUAGUUUAAAUGGCCUUUCGGAUAAGACCUUUGUGGUAAAGUAUGAAGAGCAUUGAAACUGGAUAUCACUCCAAAGAGAUGGAAUGGAAUGGCCAAAAAAACCAUCUUUAUCAUGGGAGGUCCAAUGGUUGGCGGGUUCUUCAGUGGACCAACAAUGUCGUACCUCAGUACCAAACACAAGUUUGAAAUCUUUGUGGAAUCUAACCCAAUUCUAGCAUUGUACUUUUAUUUUUUCCUUAUUAGGACAUUAUACAUUGAAAAUAUACUCAACAACAUUCUAAA